ACAAAUUCAACAAAGAUGGGCGUGAGCUCGUCCUCGUCGCUCGUGGCUGAACACUGGGAGGGGGCGGGGCCUCCAAAACAAAAACACUCUGGAACCCAGCGCCAACAUGUACGCCGCUCUAAUCACUCAGCUUUUAAGAAUGCGCUGGUUGAGCCAAAAUGGCCGCCGACGCUGCUCGGUUGCAGCGCUCAAGUGGGCGGAGCCACUGCGAGGCUGGAGUCACAUGAUCCGCGCAGAGCCAGGCUGAGCAAUUCCAAUAUGGUGGCCAGCUUGGCAGGUCUACGGUUCCUGUUGAUGUUAUUGUUGUUCUGUGGGAUCAGGUACGGCGCCUGCAGCCAGGAAGCUCCGCAGGUCGUGGGGCUGCGACUGGAGGACCCGGUGGGUCCGGUGCGCAUGAAGGGUCGGAUCAUCUCUGCGCCAGGAGGAGCCACGUUCAAGCUCCGUCUCUUUGGGGCUAAUCUGAAUGGAAGCUGGCCGAGCUUGGCGUUCGCUGGGGCGCCCGCGGGAGCCGCGGGGGCGGUCGGUGAUGCUCCGGACCCGUGCGAGGAUGAGUCCAGCCGCGACGAGUCCGAAUUUGAGGUCAAAAAGUUCGAGCCGGACGAGAUGUACAGCGGCCUGCUGACGGUGGAGGUGAAGCGUGGGAGGAUCUCGGACCACUUCCACCACCUGUGUGUGCAGAGCGGGGAGAGGUGGGCAUCCGUGGGCCCGGACAGACUGCGGAUAAGCGGCGCCGGGGCUCUCCCAGCAGACCACAUCCCGCCGUGGGCUCUGGGUCUCCUGGUGGUGCUGAUGCUGCUGAUCUGCGGGCUGCUGAGGACCGUGAACCUGAGCCUGCUCUGGCUGGACCCCGUGGAGCUCUAUGUGCUCCACAGCUGUGGCUCCGAGGAGGAGAAACGCGCCGCCAAGCGCCUGGAGCCCAUCAGGAGGAGGGGGAACUUCUUGGCAUGCUCGCUGCUGUUCCUCUGCGCCUUGGGCCACUCGGUCCUCGGGGUGCUCCUGUACAGGGCGCUGGGCUGCGUCGUGUCCGCGGUGUUCACCAGUGGCUUCCUGAUCUUCUUCCUGGCCGAGCUGGCUCCUCACGUCAUGUGCUCCGGCUACGGCUUCCAGCUGGCGCCCGGACUGACCUGGCUGGCCCAGGUCUGCAUGGUGCUCACCUGCCCCCUGUCCUGUCCUCUCGGGCUGAUCCUGGACCUGGGCCUGGGGAGAGACAUCAGCACCUGUGGGAUACGGGAGAGAGCCAUGGAGAUGAUCCGCGCCAGCGUCAAUGACCCCUAUAGUGAGUUUGUGAAAGAGGAGUUCAGCCAUGGGAUGCUACGGACAAAGACAGUGGAGGACAUCCUGACUCCUCUGAAGGACUGCUUCAUGCUUCCCAGCUCGUCCGUCCUCGACUUCUCCACCAUGUCGGAGAUCAUGCAGAGCGGAUACACCCGGGUGCCCAUUUAUGAGGAGGAGAGGUCCAACAUUGUGGAAAUCCUUUAUGUGAAGGAUUUGGCGCUGGUGGACCCGGAGGACUGCACCCCCAUGACGACCAUCACCAAGUUCUACAAUCAUCCGCUUCACUUUGUCUUCAACGACACCAAGCUGGACGCCAUGCUGGAGGAGUUCAAGAAAGGCAACUCUCACAUGGCCAUCGUCCAGAAGGUGAACAACGAGGGGGAGGGCGAUCCUUUCUACGAGGUGCUGGGGCUGGUCACCCUGGAGGACGUCAUCGAGGAGAUCAUCAAGUCAGAGAUCAUGGACGAGUCUGACGGCUACUUGGACAGGAAGGUGAAGCGUCCCAUGGCUCCUCUGGAGAUCCCUCUGGAGCCUCGCAGCUCCCACGAGGAGUUUUCCCUUUUCAAGCCUCCAGAGGGCGAGCCUAAGAUCCGCACGUCUCCUCAACUCCUGCUGGCCACGCACCGCUUCCUGUCUAGAGAAGUGGAGCACUUCAGCCCAGCUCGAGUGUCCGAGAAGGUGCUGUUCCACCUGCUGCGCCACCCAAGCGUCAACCAGGAGGUGCACUUUGACCACAGUAACCGGCUGAGCCCGAGCCACUACCUGUACACCCGCAACCACCCGGUGGACUACUUCAUCCUCCUGCUGCAGGGCCGUGUAGAGGUGGAAAUUGGCAAAGAGGGCCUGAAGUUCGAGAACGGGGCCUUCACUUACUACGGCGUGUCUGCUCUGACGCUGCCCUCUUCAGUUCACCAGUCUCCAGUGUCGACCCAGCGGCACUCUCCCAGGGAUCCCUUCGAGUCAGCAGAUGCCACCAGCCCGUCCAGCUACUGCCCCGACUACACAGUGCGAGCUCUCACUGACCUGCAGCUCAUACGGGUGACUCGCCUGCAGUACCUGAACGCCCUCAUGGCGUCGCGGGCGGGCCAGAGCCCAGAUCCUCCAGAGAUCAAGAUCCUGCCCAACAGUCAGACGAAGCUGCUGAAUGAACGAAACACCACACCAGAGUUUCCUGUAAACUUUUCAUUCUUUGAUACCAUUGAGAACUACUUUUAGCGGGUUUUAUGCAUGAGGUAAAUCCAACCUAGCCCAGUCUCAGACUUACUCACAGGCUGACACAUUUACCUGCUCAUAAUAUCUGUCCCAGAGAGCCCCUCUAAUCAUGCUAGAAUGUCUGUGGAUGUAUAAAGGUAAAUGCGUCUUUUACGUUUAUUCCGUUCAGCCUUGUUUUUGCCUUUUUCUUUACAUCACUUUGCCCGUUUCUGUCCUACCGUAGCUGCAGUAGAUAUUCUUCUUCAUUCUGAUCAGCCUUUGUUUCCACAAAACAAAGAUGUGACAGUAAUACUUUGUUUGAAAAAGCCUGCAGGUGGGGAUGAACCGUGUCUCUCUGGCGGCCAUAUUGGAGGUUCACCAUGUUUAAAGGGAACUUGUU